UGAUUCUAAUGCAUGCUAAUGAUGCUAAUUGCAGCUAAAUAGUUGCAAGGGCGCACAGGACAAAUUAAACUCCUCUGUCAAGUCUGCAAUGUCCAACAUAUCCAGAAUGAGGAAAGACAUCCAGGAUAAAGACAAGAAACUCAAGGAGGCCAGGGCGUAUAACACUGCGCUGGAGGAGAAGCGUAAAGAAGUUACUCAGACUGCCCUGAGUGAGGAGGAGAGAGCUGCUCAGAUGGACCAGUUUCUCAGGGAUGAGGACGAGGCAAUCAGGGAGCUGGAUUUCCAGCUGCUUGACUACAGACAUGAGCUGUACCGUUGUAAAGAUCAUUUGAAGGCUCUAAAGACAAAGGAAAGGGAUACUGUCGCCCAUGUUGCCAGGAGCAAAGCCUCCAGGUUGCUGACAAACCAGCUGAAAGAACAGGAUAAUGUCUUAACAAGACAGCGAGGGAUCUUUACUGAGCAGGACUCCAAGAUCAUCAACCUGGAUAGAAAACUGGCCCGGCUGCAAGGAGACUCUCAGCUAGAUGAAACACAAGCAUUUAUAAUGAAGAUCGCUGAGCUGACCAAAGCCUUCGAGGAGAAGAAGUCAGCCAACACGCUGACCAACGUGCUUAAGGAGUCUGAGGAUGAUAUUCGCACAUUGAAGAAAGAAAUGGAAAAGUCCGAAGCUCAAACGAGAGAUGUGACCGAGAAGAUAGUGGAGCUCAACAUUCGCUGUAUUACCAGUGAGAAGGAGCUGAAGGCAUUCCGGCUCAGGAAACAGGAAGAAAUGGUGGAGCUUAACAUCUUGAAGGUAGAGGUCAAGCGCAUUAGAGAUCUGCUGUACAACAAGACGGGCACUGUGCUGUCUUUGGAGAGGAGGAAGCUGGGGCUGCAGAAAGCCUUAAAGGAGAGGGAGGAUGAAAUCAAGGUCUACAGAGAGAUGCUCAGCCAGAUGCUCAAGACCAGUGAGAAGGAGAGACAGAGACUGAACACUGAACUCAAUGAGAAACUGUCCAAGAUCGAAAAGCUGAAGGAUAAUUUUGAAACAAAAACACUUUUGAUGGCGGCUCCUGAGGAGGACGUGGAGAAGUGGCUGGUUCACUGUAUCAUAAAGGCUUCACAAGAGAAAGAGGAGCUCAAACGAAAGGGAGAAGCUGUGGAUGCUAAAAUACGCAAGAUCAAGCAGGAGAACAGGGCUCUGGAGAACACCAACCAUUUGUUCAACAACAGUAGCUCAGCGUUUGAAAAAUUCCUCAAAAAGAAAAGUGAAUCAGGUCCAGAAUACCAGGAAAAACUGAAGUUAGAGGAAGAGUUAGGGGCAGCUGAGGAUACAUUCGAUUUCAAGAAGAGACACGUCCAGGAGCUGCAACAGGACUUAGAGGACACGAACAGUACCUUUGAGAGUCGGCUGCAAGAGGAGCAGCUUGUGAACGAUAUGAUGAAGGACCAACGAUCACUCAUCAACAAACAGAAGAAAGAAGUCACUUCCCAGCAGGAUAAAAUUAACAGAGCAACAAAAGAGUGCUCCAAGCUGACCAAACAGAUCCGCUCAGCUGAAAAUACCAAAUUUGAGACUUUGGAAGAAAUGGACAUUAAACUGAAGGAGUUCAAAGAUUUCAACAAAAUCUUUGAUCAAAUGCUGAGAGAGGUCGUGGGGGACAAGCCGGAUCUCAGACCAGUGCUGGAGGAAAACUUCCUGCAGGCCAAUAUAUCUUUUCCAGCUGCUUCAGUCGGUUCCACCGGCCUCUACAGAUCCAAAACAAACUUUGCCCUCAGCUCUCUCAGGUCUCCUACAUCCUCAACCAGCAGCAUUCAAAUGGUCGCAGGACAUCAUUCCAACAUGUUGACCAAUGUGGAACAGAUGCUGACAUGACCGUGACCUCCCCUAGUUCCACCUAGUAGCACCAGGGAGUUAAAGAAGUCCUUUCUUCUGCAGGCCUUCAACAAUUUGUUGGGACUGCACCCUUGAUUUUGGGAAUGCAUGUCAGCCAUGUUGUCCUUAUCCAUGUCGUCCAAUCUUUGAAUUCAGGUAGAAGUGUUGAAAUUGCAGUGACGUUCAGACGAGGAGACCGUGUCUGUCUCUGUUUGGUAGCGAUUUGCUGGUUUUGUCUUUGAUCCGCUGUUUUCUCACACACUCUAAGAUGUUUCUGUUCUGGACCGCACUUAUUUACCUGGAGUUUCCUGAUAUUUAGCAGCAAAGCAAAAGUGUAGCAGCAUUCUAAUUGAGAACACUGAAUGUCACCUCCUUUUACAAUAAAAUUAAUA